CCCGGAAGUCCUCAGCCUCAGACGCUCUCUGGCCCGGUGGCAGAGACAGCAGAGGCUAGCGGUCCGGACACCAGGUGUCUGGAGUCAGAGCGGCAGAGCCAGUGGUUUGGGCUCGUCAUCAAGGGUGGGAGAUGGCUGGGUUCUGGGAGAAGGCCACUCGGGCAAGCAGGGGGACAGCGGCUCCGUGGACUGCCCUUCCUGACCUCUGAAAGGGCGAGCGGCGUCAGAGCGGGGGCAGGGAUCCCGGGGAGCAGAUGUGGUGAGACUGGUAGUAGCUUGGCUUCAGGAAGAAGGUGAGGUCUGGGGGAGAGAGGGGCACACAGCUCGUGCCUUCUGCCAGAUUCGGGCAGGGCAGAGCACAAACUGGGAGCAGAGGCGUGUAUCUGGCUCCUCUGGGGGUCCGCCACCAGACGCCCCUUCUCGAGGGUCUCUGCAACCCCCGCCUCCUCCUCUCCCAUAGGAAAGAUGAUUCCGGUGGCCGAGUUCAAGCAGUUCACGGAGCAGCAGCCCGCGUUCAAGGUGCUCAAACCCUGGUGGGACGUGCUGGCGGAGUACCUCACCGUGGCUAUGCUCAUGAUCGGGGUCUUCGGCUGCACCCUGCAGGUGACACAGGACAAGAUCAUCUGUCUGCCGAGUCACGAACUCCAGGAGAAUUUCUCAGAGGCCCCCUGCCAGCAACUGCUGCCUCGGGGCGUCUCCGAGCAGAUGGGGGGCCUCCGGGAGGUAAGCGGCCUCAAGAACAAUCUGGACCUCCAGCAGUACAGCUUCAUUAACCAGCUCUGCUACGAGACAGCCCUCCACUGGUACGCCAAGUACUUCCCCUACCUGGUCGUCAUUCACACGCUCAUCUUCAUGGUCUGCACCAGCUUCUGGUUCAAGUUCCCCGGCACCAGCUCCAAGAUCGAGCACUUCAUCUCCAUUCUGGGCAAGUGUUUCGACUCUCCGUGGACCACACGGGCCCUGUCCGAGGUCUCUGGGGAGAACCAGAAGGGCCCCACCACCGGACGGGCGACAGCGACUGUGGAGGCCUCGGCGGGGCCGGGAAAAGCCAAUGAGGGUGAGAAGGAAAAGGUGCUGGUGGAGCCCGAGAAGGUGGUGACUGAGCCACCAGCCGUCACCCUACUGGACAAGAAGGAGGGUGAGCAGGCCAAAGCCCUGUUUGAGAAGGUCAAGAAGUUCCGCGUGCACGUCGAAGAGGGGGACAUCUUGUACACCAUGUACAUCCGGCAGACGGUGCUCAAAGUCUGCAAGUUCUUUGCCAUCCUGGUCUACAACCUGGUCUACGUGGAGAAGAUCAGCUUCCUGGUGGCCUGCAGGGUGGAGACCUCGGAGGUCACGGGCUACGCCAGCUUCUGCUGCAACCACACAAAGGCCCACCUCUUCUCCAAGCUGGCUUUCUGCUACAUCUCCUUCGUGUGCGUCUACGGGAUCACCUGUCUCUACACCCUCUACUGGCUCUUCCACCGGCCCCUCAAGGAGUACUCCUUCCGUUCUGUGCGGGAGGAGACGGGCAUGGGUGACAUCCCCGACGUCAAGAACGACUUUGCUUUCAUGCUGCACCUCAUCGACCAGUAUGACUCCCUCUACUCCAAGCGCUUUGCCGUCUUCCUCUCCGAGGUCAGCGAGAGCCGCCUGAAGCAGCUCAACCUGAACCACGAGUGGACGCCCGAGAAGCUGCGGCAGAAGCUGCAGCGCAACGCCCGCGGCCGGCUCGAGCUGGCCCUCUGCAUGCUCCCGGGGCUGCCCAACACCGUCUUCGAGCUCAGCGAGGUGGAGGCGCUCCGGCUGGAGGCCAUCUGCGACAUCACCUUCCCCCCGGGCCUCUCGCAGCUCGUGCACCUGCAAGAGCUCAGCCUCCUUCACUCGCCCGCCCGGCUGCCCUUCUCCUUGCAGAUCUUCCUGCGGGACCGCCUGAAGGUCAUCCGGGUCAAGUGCGAGGAGCUCCGCGAGGUGCCCCUGUGGGUGUUCGGGCUGCGUGGCCUGGAGGAGCUGCACCUCGAGGGGCUCUUCCCCCCGGAGCUGGCUCGGGCGGCGACCCUCGAGAGCCUCCGGGAGCUGAAGCAGCUCAAGGUGCUGUCUCUGCGGAGCAAUGCCAGCAAGGUACCGGCCAGCGUGACCGACGUGGCCGGGCAUCUGCAGCGGCUUAGUCUGCACAACGACGGGGCCCGCCUGCUGGCCCUGAACAGCCUCAAGAAGCUGGCGGCGCUGCGGGAGCUGGAGCUGGUGGCCUGCGGGCUGGAGCGCAUCCCCCAUGCCAUCUUCAGCCUGGGGGCGCUGCAGGAACUUGACCUCAAGGACAACCACUUGCGGUCCAUUGAAGAGAUCCUCAGCUUCCAGCACUGUCGCAAGCUGGUCACGCUCAAGCUGUGGCACAACCAGAUCGCCUACGUCCCCGAGCACGUGCGCAAGCUCCGGGGCCUCGAGCAGCUCUACCUCAGCCACAACAAGCUGGAGACCCUGCCCACCCAGCUCGGCCUGUGCUCUGGCCUCCGCCUGCUGGACAUCUCCCACAACGGGCUGCGCUCCCUGCCGCCCGAGCUGGGCCUCCUCCAGAGCCUGCAGCACCUGGCUGUGUCCUACAACGCCCUGGAGGCCCUGCCGGAGGAGCUCUUCUUCUGCCGCAAGCUGCGGACGUUGCUCCUGGGCUACAACCACUUGAGCCAGCUCUCGCCCCAGGUGGGGGCCCUCAGGGCCCUCAGCCGCCUGGAGCUCAAGGGCAACCGCUUGGAGGCUCUGCCAGAAGAACUUGGCAACUGUGUGGGGCUCAAGAGAGUGGGGCUCCUGGUGGAGGACACCCUUUACGAGGGCCUGCCAGCGGAGGUGCGGGAAAAAAUGGAGGAGGAAUGAAGCGAAAGGUGGGGCAGGUUGGGGUAGAGGCCUUCUGGAUGCUUCCGCCCCAGAAUCUCUACUAUCGUCUUCAAGCAAGGUGGCCAAGAGGGCCCAGGCCAGGAGACGAGGAGC